UCCUUUUUACUGCAGAGAGGUAAGUCUUAUUAGUAAAACUAUUAGUAAGUUUAUAGUAUGUAUUUAUUUUCUUUAGUGCGUGAUCUUUCACAGCCUCCACAAGAUUUUAAUGGAGAGGUGGAUUUAGAUAUGUUUUGGAAGGCACUGACAGAAGAACGAAUUGCUCGAGGAUUUUUUCAAGUAAGGAAAUUUAUUAUAUCAGGAAUGGCAUGUCAUCAUUAUUUAAUUUCAUAAGUGUUUUCAGGAGUACAAUCUAAAUUCACUGAUGUAUUAACAUGUUUGUUUGUCCUAAAGGUCAAAAAAACAAUCCAUUUUGUGUUACACCUAGUUACAACUUUUGGGCACCCUGGAUCGGGAGUAAGACUCAUAUAGCGAAUGUUGUUCUCAACACUGAAUUUGAGAAAGUGCACAAAGCAAAAACUGCAGAACGAACAGAAAUAACUGUCUCUGAAGAUCGCUUAAAGGACAAACUUUCAAAACAGAAAGUGGGAGUGAUAAGAAGACUGUGUCAAGAGUGUGGUUUAGAUGCCAAAGGCUCUCGCACAGAUCUACUCCUGCGACUUUCGGAGGAGAUGAGGUCAAGGGAGGCCUAUGACAAGGUUUUUGAAAAGAUUUGGGCUGCUUCAGGAGGUUGGGCUGUCAUUAUGUGUCCUUGUGGCAUAGUUUACAGUAUAAAAUGUAAUCUGCGAGCAGAAAGUCCACGGGAUUUUGCAGAUGUGCUUCUGUCUUGGAAGCAUCUGCCUAAUGUUGUUGUUUAUGACUUUGCCCGUGGACUGUCCACCCACACAAAUUUGAGGCAACCCAUAACUUUCACACCUUUCGAGGGAAGGUUACUCGAACCAACCACUGAAAAUAUUGCAAAAGCAAAAUCAGGAAAAUUACAGGUAACUGCCAUGGCUCACUGCAAAAAAGCAAAGUCCAGAUCCGGAUGGUCAUCCAAUAACUGGUUCUGCAGAACACUAUGUUCUGUAUGA